AUGGCCCCAGACACCCACUUCAACAUGUCAGAUGAAAGGAAGCAGGAGGCACCAGACCCAGGAACUGUCACCGGACAGGACGUGCAGUUCAGCCCAGCACCGAGGCCCAGACACCUGAUGGAUCCAGACACAUUCAUGCACAACUUCACAAACGACCCUUCAGUCUUUGGGCAGCACCAGACCUACCUGUGUCACAAGGUGGAGCUCCUGGAUGGUGACUCCUGGGUCCCUCAGAACCAGUACAAGGGCUUCCUGCGUAACCAGGCUAAGGAUCGACGAAAUGGCUCUAAGGGCCGUCACGCAGAGUUGUGCUUCCUGGACCUCAUUAGGUCUUGGCAGCUGGACCCAGCCAAACACUACAGGGUCACCUGCUUCAUCUCCUGGAGCCCCUGUUUCAGCUGUGCCCAAGAAGUGGCUGCGUUCCUGAGGGAGAACAGCCAUGUGAGCCUGCGAGUCCUGGCUGCCCGCAUCUAUGACUACCACCCUGGACAUGAGGAGGGGCUGAAGGCCCUGCAGGGUGCUGGAGCCCAAGUGGCCAUCAUGAGCCCCACAGAGUUUGAGCACUGCUGGGACACCUUUGUGGACCACCAGGGAAGGCCCUUCCAGCCCUGGCAGGGGCUGCAAGAGGAAAGCCAGGCCCUGAGCAGGAGGCUGCAGGACAUCCUCAGACACCUGAUGGAUCCAGACACAUUCAUGUACAACUUCACAAACGACCCUUCAGUCCUUGGGCAGCACCAGACCUACCUGUGUCACAAGGUGGAGCUCCUGGAUGGUGACUCCUGGGUCCCUCAGAACCAGUACAAGGGCUUCCUGCAAAACAAGGCUAAAGAUCUUCAAAAUGGCUUUGAGGGCCGUCACGCAGAGUUGUGCUUCCUGGACCUCAUUAGGUCUUGGCAGCUGGACCCAGCCCAACACUACAGGGUCACCUGCUUCAUCUCCUGGAGCCCCUGUUUCAGCUGUGCCCAGGAAGUGGCCGCAUUCCUGAGGGAGAACAGCCAUGUGAGCCUGCGAGUCCUGGCUGCCCGCAUCUAUGACUGGCGCACUAGACAUGAGGAGGGUCUGAAGACCCUGCAGCAUGCUGGGGUCCAAAUGGCCAUCAUGACCCAUGCAGAGUUUGAGCACUGCUGGGACACCUUUGUGGACCAUCGGGGAAGGCCCUUCCAGCCCUGGGAGGGGCUGGAUAAGAACAGUCAGGCCCUGAGCAAGAAGCUGCAGGACAUCCUCCAGCCUCAGGAAGACUAA